GCGGACUGAUUGCGCACACCUGUCCGUUAGGCAAGCGCAGCGGAAGUUUGGUUUGACCGGAGACAUCCUCGGUCUUUACGCGAGACCUAUAGACGGAUUUUAUUUAUUAUGGCGACGACGCUUUUAAAAAGUGACGCGCUUUAUUAUUUAACAAGACGCCUUAUCAUUCUCACGGCAAUAGGCCUGUCAUGUACAUCGUGUUAUUUCUUGGAAAACUCAUCGCUCGAUCGUGACGUAUCCCUUCAUCAUGGUAAUAUACUAAACCCAUUGCUGAAGGCUUUGUCAGAGCAAAACCCAUGGGGAGAUUUCACCCCCCGAACCAAGCCUGAUUCAAGAUACGUGCGCUACAUGAAGAGACUGUAUAAACUAUCUUCAAAACAUGACAGGAGCCACGAGGCCUCGCACCUGUACAACACAGUCCGUCUGAUCACACCUCGAGAGGAGUGUCUUCAACGAAGCCGAGAAUUCAUGCAGGAUAUCUCCUACAGUCUAAAUCGAGUAAGGUCUCAAGAACAAUUACUAAAGUCCGUCCUGCUUUACUCCUUCGACCAUAACCACAUCGCCCCCUUCACAUCGCUCUGUUACCUUGACGUAAUGGAACAGGAACCCUCCAAAGAUCACAUGUGCUCCGACCACCUCAAAUCACACCACGCCGUCCCCCUUCUCAGCUUCCGCGUCCACACCGAGAGAAGAGUCCGACGCCGUUGGGUGGAGGUCGACGUGACUUCAUUCCUCCAUCCUAUCAUUCAGGCCCAUAAGAAAGACAUCCAUCUUCUUAUCAACUUGACCUGCGUUGAAGAUAUGAUCCCUAGACCUGGAGGCCAAAUUCAUAAGAGCCCAGUUGAGUUAACUCACAGGUCUCCAUCUCUUCUCCUAUAUCUUAAUGAUACCAGUGAGGUCGCAUACCAGCGGAAAGCUACAGGAAAUAGGAUGGUAGACCUAACAUCAAACCAUUGGGAUGGAAAGUCUAGAUCUUGGAAGACAACUUCACGGAAGAGGCGUGGUACUUUAAGGAGCACCAGUGUACUCAAAGCAGGUCCAGACACUAGUUCAGAUCUCGUCCCAAUGUACGACUUUCCUACGGACGACUGUGACCUCUAUGAUUUCAGAGUGAGCUUUAAUCAGCUUAAAUUGGACCAUUGGAUUAUAGCACCUCACAAAUACAAUCCGAGGUACUGUAAGGGAUCUUGUCCGAGGGCUGUUGGAUACAUCUAUGGGUCGCCCGUACACACGAUGGUUCAGAACAUCAUUUAUGAGAAGCUUGACUCCUCUGUGCCCAGGCCUUCGUGUGUACCCUCAGAAUAUAACCCCUUGAGUGUUUUGACCAUUGAGAAUGACGGUUCCAUUGCCUAUAAGGAGUAUGAGGAGAUGAUUGCUACGAAGUGCACAUGUCGCUAAAGAUUAACUAAAUGUUGAAUCUUUAUGAAUUUUCUAUUUUUGUGAUGCAUUGCUUUGUAAAACACUGACCUUUUUUUUUUUUUUUGCAGUGACCCUUCUUAUUAACCUUGUAAAUGACUUGAUGACAUAUAUCGGAUAUUUUGCGCCUAUGUUUUGUUCAGAAUUAGCUGCUUCUGGUUCAACAGUGCUUAGAAUAUUUGAAUGAAUUUUGCGUUUGUGUUGUUUUUGUGUAUAAAUAUUUUUUUGUCUGUAUAAUAGUUAUAGAACAGGGUAUUUGAUUGACUUGAAGUAUAUUUUUUGGGUUGGAUGAGGAAUUAUGUUGUUUUAAGUUAUCUUCUUUUUUUGGUGGUCUCGUCUUGCACUUCUUAUUCUUUGACAUGAAUGGCAACAUUUUAAACUUCUAGUUCUGGACUAAAUAUGAAAGUGUAGUUCUAUUGUCUUAUCAGAACACUUUUACAUUGUUGUUUUAAAACCUAGGAAUUGCAGAUGGUUGUCUUUUGGGCAACCUCUCUUUUCUCGAUGUCCAGAAAAUAAGUUGCCCUUAGUUAUGGGCAACUUGAUAUGUGUGUAUUAACUGCCUGAGAACAUAAGUCUGUUUCUCACAUGCCUAUUUAUGUAUUUAUUGGUCAGGUUGGCUUUGGAUUCACAAAAAGUGUACAGAAGAAAAUUCACAAGUGACAAUAAAAAACCAGCAAACAAACUUCA